CAGUGAUAAAAUGGCAGCCUCCUUACUUUGUCGACGACUUGGUAUUUUGAGUCAUAAUUUGGGACAAUGCAGAGCUCUGUCGACGCAUAGGUUUACGAGUAAGAAAUGUAUAAAAUGUCUGUGUGGCGCGCACUACACCGUGCGGAAACAGAGUUUAUCGUUAUCUGUACGAGCCUUGUCGACGACACCUGACAUGACUCCGGACUCGUCUGCUGGUAAAACGACACAGAUCCAGCCAGUGGAGGAACUCCCACAGGAGGAGGAUUUGUACAAAGAGCGCUACAUCCCCAUUACAAGAAGGUCGGUGAUCCGACAUCUGAUGCAGCAGGAAGAUUUUCUCAAUGACAAGGAGAGGAAGAUAUUUGAUGACUUUGCUUUAGCUCUGGAUGCAGCCAUUGUCAAUAAAUACCAUGGAAUUCUCCAAGAACUAAAGAUAAUGUUUGACCCGAUCAACCCAGACAAGGACACGAUCCAGACCCGCCAGUGGAGUCGCCAUGAGCGUCUCGACAACGAGUUUUGGCUGCUACAGAGUCUGGAGGACGUCAUGCAGAAAGCCAACUUCCACGAGCUCUCCAGGCCCACGGUCAUAGGGGCUCUGGAGGAACACCAGUCCAGGGAGGGCGUUCGGGUCAGUGUAAAUCCUGACAAGUACGACAUUCUCAAGUUCUGGGCGCUGGGCAAAGAGGCUCCGGAACAUUCUCCAACCAUCUGGGAUAAGGUCAAACACAAAGUGACAAAGAAACCGUUCCCGAAGCCGGUGCAGUACUACAAGCGAGUGGUGGUGGCGCUGCGUCUGAAGAAGGACACGAAGCUGAUGCUGAAGGCGUUUAAAGAGAUCCCCGUCAACAACCUCGAGAUGUUGCUCCCAGACGGCUCCAUCCAGAUGAGUACGCUCGACAAGGGCAUCGUGUCGGCAUCCGUUUUCAUCGCAGCCGUCGGAGUGCUGACCAAGGUCGUCACGCUGCUGGCGGGCCUCAACAUCGACUGGAUGUUAGUGGUAACCACGGUGACUGGGCUGAUCGGCGUGCGAGCGUGGACGGUGUACAAGAACCGCCGGAAUGCGUACCUCGUCGACAUGUUACGGACUCUGUAUUUCAAGAACAUCGCUAACAACCGCGGCUUGUUGACGCUGCUGGUGGACCGGGCCGAGGAUGAGAGUUUUAAAGAGGCGCUGCUCGUCUACACGUUCCUUCUGACCAACCGCCCACCGUCCGCCAAAUCUUCAUCAGCCAGCAGCAACCUUACAGCAGAAUUAGGUGGUUUAUCAUCCCUGCAAGUUGAGAGGAUGAUCGAAGACUUUCUGCGUAAAAAGAGCGGCAUAACGAUCGACAUGGACGCAACCGAGGCCAUCCGCAUUCUGCAGGGCUUCGGUCUCGCCAGCGAGAAAAACGAAAAACUCUUUGUCCUACCUCUUGAAGCAGCCAUGAGGAUCCUGCCCCAGCAACCGCAGUCCGUGAUUGCCCGGGCGCAGGAGGCCGACAUCGCCGAGGGUUUCGACCGAGACGAGUAUUUGGAAACGGAGGCAGAGUAUACGGAGGAGGAGGAGAAGGCGAGGAAAUACGGCUGGUUUUGAUGACGUCAUUCAUGAGUGUGUGUGUAUGUGUGUGAGUGUCAGACAGACAGACAGACCUAGAGUUCACGUGUGCAUAUUGUUUAUAGCAGAUGAUGAAGAAUAUAAUAGUUAUUACGCACAAUUAAAUAUGAAAUUUAUUCUAUAUCAGUGAUGGAUUUUUUUUUUUUUUUUUUUUUUUUUUUUUUCCCCCCCCCCCCCCCCCCAUACCGAAGAUUCGGGAGAUUUAUUAUCUUUGAAAGUAGGAGUUGUUUGGUUGUUUGGUCACAUGUAGGUGGCUGUAGCCAGGACGAGUGCACAGUGAGUGAUUCUGGAUAACUGCAGCCACAGAUACGACCUGCUUGUAGUUUAUUAUAGAAUACAAUAACAGUGUCUUUCAACAAGUCACUCAAGUAUAUUCAUUGCUUUAGUGUUGAUUCUUCAUACUUGGGUGACAUAAACCUGCUCUGUGUUCCACAACACGAGAGCCACAUUGUGUUACGAAAUGCUUGCUAGCUUGUUUUUUUGUUGGUUUUUGUUUUUGUUGUUAAAUGAAUGUGCUAGAGUGAAAACCAGUGAAAUUAUUAGUGGGUCUCGUCAUGACAAAAGCCUAUUAUACACAAUACAGCCCUGCAUUUUAUGCAAAUUAUUUAGAUCAUGCAUCUAUAUGUAGAUGGCAGUACAUUCAUAUCGAAAUGUGUUAUGGCUUUUGGAUAUACAUACUUAUUAAUAUACUGUCAAAUAAGGUUAUUUAUUUUGCUAUAUGUUCUACAAUUUAUUUACUACCUAAUCAUUUAAAGAUUUUUGUGGAAAAGUAGAUUAGAUUAUAUGCAGAAUGUUUAAUAGCUAUUGCCUAAAUAAAAUUGAUAUUGCCUUAAGUGUAUCCCAUUUAUUUUGGAGGAAUUUAUUUCAAUUUGUAUGUUCUCAUGCAAAAGAAAUGUAAAAUCAUUUUCAGCUAUUUUUUAAAAUGUAAAUAUAAAAUCAAUUACUGUAAGGCAGUUUAAUUUUUUGUCCAUUUGCCAAAUGUGGUUUUAUAGGAAUGAAAAUUAUGAUUAUUAAUGUUAUUGAGUAAAAAUAUACUGCCUCAGAAUGGUGUACAUUUCUUUGCAUGUUAGUGUGUAGACUGAGAGAGAGUGAUAUAGAGGAAAGAUAACCCAACUUUGUUACAUACAAAAUCGUGGUUUUCAAAAAAAGUACUUUUUAACAUUUAAAAAAUUUAAAUAGUCUUUUUUUUAAUUAUUAUUCAAAUGAAAUUGUUUUGCUUCAAUUACAUGAACAAAAAAAAAAAAAAAAUUUAAAAAAAAAAAAAAAAAUUGUGAACCACUUUAAUUUUCUCUAAAGGUGGAUAUAACAAGAUCUGGUUGCUAGCUGUCAAGAUUUCUAUAUAUGUACAUUUUGAGAAUUUAAUGAUUAAUGAUGAUCUCUUGGAUCAAGCUGUAUUGCUGGCAGGACUACAUGUAGGCAUUGAUGAUGAUCUCUUGGAUGUAUUCACUGUAGGAUAAAGCCAGCUAUCAGUCCAAUUAAAAAUAUUUAUUGCCAA